AUGGAGGCUUUUAGGGCAAAAUAUCGUAUCCCACAAGGGGCGGUUCUGGAGUACUGUCCCCCAGAAAGAGUGCUAACAGAUAGAGAAGUGGAUCAAGUUGACCUGGACCUGAAGAAGAAAAGGCUGGUUGAGUCCCUUGAGGAAGGCAAGGUGGCCCCUCGCCAGGGUAAACAGCAAAAGACAACCAGGGAACAGAAGGACAAAAGGGCUCCAUCUGCAGAAUGCCAAGAGGAGACGGAACGGGUUGAAGUGCGCGUUAAUCCACGUACUUGGAGCCCGAAACUCGAAGUGGAUAAAGUCGCCAUUCCAUACAUUGCUUCGGUCCGAGAGUACAACAGAGGCCGAGCAGGGUAUAUAGUUGAGACCUUGGAGCAGCCAAUGCUCCUUCCCAGGGACAUGGAGGCUUACAGGCGAUUUUCACAGCCCGAGCUCUUUUUAUCCCUAAAGAGAGACCUUGCAAUGAUUACUCAACAAGUGUUUGUGGCCGAGGAGGAUUGCCGCAACAAUCGCAAGUUGGCUGACGUUAAGGCUCUCUCUCGUGCCGAGGUGGAGAAGGCUUUAGGAACCCUCAAGCAGGAGCAAUUUGAGCUGUCUGAGAAGCUCAAAGAGGCUGAGAAAAACCGCAGGAACACCGAGGCUAGCUUGAAGAACACUGAGAGUCAAGCCAAAGACCAACGCCAAAAACUGUAUGUGACUGAGAUCAAUCUUGCCACUGAAAAGCAAACUGUGUUGGAUCUCAAGGCCACAUUUCAGAAAGCCAAGGAGGAGGCCCGGCUGGCCAAGGAAGAGGCUCAGCUAGUUAAGGAAGUAGCCGAGGCUGAAAAGAAGGCUUUUUAUCAGCUUGGGGUGGAAGAGACUGAAGCCAGGCUUUCCGAGGAGCUACCAAAGGCCUUGAGGUUGCCUGAGAAGGUCUUUUUCCCUCCUGAGAUCCGAGAGAUCCCUAAUGAUGCCACUGAAGCUUCUAAACAGGCUACGGUUGUUCCUGAUGCCAUCCCCCUAGUUAACACUGCUGGGGGCUCCGGUCAAGUAGCCGUCCAAGCCGAAGAUGUGGAAGUGGAGAAGAACAAGGGCAAGGGCAAGGGAAAAAGAACCUCCUCUAAGGCCAAGGAUCCUGCUAAGGAGUCAGUCACCAAGGAUCUUGGGGCAGAUUCCCAAGCUAGGGACGUUCCCCCUCCUCAGCCAAAGCAGAAAGAGAAUCCUCUUGCUGAGGCUUAG